AUGUGGCCGCCUUCUUUGCUGUCGGAUCUUCUACAUGAAUCCGGCGGGGUGGCGGUGAUCGACGGCGGCCUGGCGACGGAGCUCGAACGCCACGGUGCUGACCUCAAUGACCCUCUCUGGAGCGCUAAAUGCCUUCUCACCUCCCCUCAUCUAAUCCGUUCCGUACACCUUGAUUACCUUGAAGCUGGUGCAGAUAUAAUAAUUACAGCAUCUUACCAGGCAACAAUCCAGGGGUUCAAGGCCAGAGGUUUUUCUCAAGAAGAAAGUGAAAACUUGCUCAGAAAAAGUGUUUCAAUUGCACGUGAGGCACGGGAUGUAUACUACAGUAGAUGUAGUGAAUCCUCUUCUGAUGACAUAGCAGAUGGUAGAAUUCUCAAACAUCGGCAGAUCAUAGUUGCAGCAUCUGUGGGAAGUUAUGGUGCUUAUCUUGCUGAUGGUUCUGAGUACAGCGGUGACUAUGGAGAUGCUAUGGAUCUGGAAUUUUUGAAAAACUUUCAUCGGAGGAGGGUUAAGGUUCUUGCAGACUCUGGUCCUGAUCUUAUAGCUUUUGAAACAGUACCAAACAAGCUGGAAGCUGAGGCUUUUGCUCAGCUUCUCGAGGAAGAAGGCAUAAAUAUUCCUGCCUGGUUGUCUUUCAACUCCAAGGAUGGUGUUAAUGUGGUCAGCGGCGAUUCUUUGCCUGAGUGUGUUGCCGUUGCUGAACUGUGCACGAAAAUUAUUGCUGUGGGGAUCAACUGCACCCCUCCUAGAUUCAUCCAAGAUCUGAUAUUAUCUGUCAAGAUGGUGACAACUAAACCAAUACUUAUUUACCCAAAUAGUGGCGAGAGUUAUGAUGCUGAUAGGAAGGAGUGGGUGCAAAACACGGGUGUAUCAGACAAAGAUUUUGUAUCCUAUGUAAACAAAUGGUGUGAAGUAGGAGCCUCCCUGGUAGGAGAUACUCGCAGGAGAAAGGCUUUGAUUGACAUAGAGACUAGAAGAAAAGUUGCCAAAUUACUUGCGAUCCCUGUCCUUUUUGCUGCCAAUAAAUCAAUCUCACUGAAUGAGCUUCUCUUGGAUGUUCAUCGAAUUCCUUGUAAAAUGAGGGAUGUACUAGAUAAAGAUGGAAAGGUGAUAAAGACUGAGGGUAGAAAACGCAACCAGGAUUUUGACUUCAAAUUGAAGAUCAACUUGGGCAGCAAGAUUAAAGAGAGUGUCAUUCAGGAUGUGGAAGCAACUUUAUCAGGGACAGCACACCUGCUGCUGUUUCUAACUUAG